GGCUGGUAGGCGGCGGCCACAGCCUCUGAUCGUCUCCUUUCACUUUUCAUUUCUCCGUUUCUGCUCCCCCAGCUGUGGGUCCUAAUCGUGCAUCUUGCUUGACAGUGCUGCCUGAUGUGACCCUUCUGCUACACCACUGCAGUGUCCCAAACAUGAAUUUGGAAGGCACAGCCUUUUCCUGCUAUCACAAUGGAAGGUCAGCCGUCUGGUAGUGCAGAGGUCAUACGAGAAGCGCCUGCAGCAGUCAGUCCACCAUCCUUCAUUAACUUACUGAAAGUCCACAGAGAGCUGCUAGUCAGCCGAGUCCGGAAUACCCAGUGUUUGAUUGACAACUUGCUUAAGAAUGAGUAUUUCUCAACUGAAGAUGCAGAGAUCGCUGCCCAGUAUCAUACACAAGCAGACAAGGUCCGCAAAAUUUUGGAUCUAGCCCAGAGCAAAGGAGAAGAAGUUGCAGAGUAUUGCAUCUAUGUCCUGCAGCAAGUCGCCGAUGCUUACUAUGAGCUACAUCCGUGGCUGGAAGAGAUCGGGUUUCGCCCUUCAGAGGUCGUUUGUAAUAAACCUGUGGAAAAUACUGACCCAGUCAGCAGGUAUCAUCAGAAGCUUAAAGAUGAAUUGGGCCGAGACACAAAGUUCAUCAUGUCAUAUACCCAAAAGGAGGAUAUGUUGCUUGAGGAAAUUUAUUCUGCCAACAUUAUGGAAUUUAUCAAACAGAACAACGAGAAACUUGGUAGCGUGGAUAGCCUGGAAGACCUACUUAGUGACGAUGCUGGACUGAUUAAUGAAGAUGGAGAGGCAAUCUAUGUCUUUGGUGAUGCAGGGAUUGGGAAAUCCAUGUUGCUGCAAAAGAUGCAAAACCUCUGGUCCAAGGGUGAAUCCAAUAUUCGGGCCAAAUUCUUCUUUCGUUUCCGAUGCCGGAUGUUCAGCUGUUUUAAGAAGGAUGAAGCCAUAUGUUUGAAAGACCUCCUGUUUAAGUACAGUUGUUUCCCAGAUCAGGACCCAGAGGAGGUCUUCGACUUCAUCGUGAAAUUCCCUCACACGGUUCUGUUCACGUUUGAUGGCUUUGAUGAGAUCCAUUCUGAUUUUGACCUCAACAGCAUUCCCGAGGUCUGCUCACCCAACGAAUCCAUCCACCCGCUUGCUCUUCUGGUGGCCCUCCUCAGCGGAAAACUCCUGAAGGGAUCCAGGAAAGUCCUGACGGCAAGGACAGGAACAGAGGUUCACAGAAACAUUGUCAGGAAGAAGGUACAUCUCCAAGGCUUUUCCAGCAGUAAUCUGAAAGAAUAUACCAAAAUGUUCUUCAAAGACGAAGGGUGUCGGACCAUUGUUCUGAACCAGUUGGAAGCCAACCCAAAUCUGAGCAGUUUAUGCUCAGUGCCGUUAUUUUGCUGGAUCGUCUUCAGAUGCUUUGACCAUUUCCAUUCUGCUUUCGACACCCACGAGCUCCCAGACAUCACCCUUACCUUAACCGAUAUUUUCUUGCUCAUGACCGAAGUCCACUUGAACCGAACUCAGAAGACAAACUUGCUGAAGAAGAACAACCGGAGCCAAGUGGAGACAUAUAGGUCCAACAAAGACAUUUUGUUUGCGCUGAGUAGAAUAGCGCACAAGGGGAUGCAGAAGUCUCUCUUUGUCUUUGACCAAGAUGACAUCAUGGCUGACCUCUCUGAGCAGGACCUGAACUUGGGUUUUCUUAGGGUGAUUCCUGAGUAUGGAGCAGGCUGUGGAGACCAAUCUUCCUAUGAAUUCCUGCACUUGAUCUUGCAGUCCUUCUUCACAGCUUUGUUCCUGGUCACUGAAGAGAAAGUAGGCGCAAAGGACUUGCUGCAUUUUUUUGUGGAAUGUUCCACUCGGAACACCACCCCAUCCUCUUGUUUUCCAAUUCCCUGGUUGAAGAAUCACCACCCAACAGGAGAGGAUCCUUUCCGGAAUAACGAGCACUUCCAUUUUACCAAUCUGUUCCUCUGUGGCUUGCUUUCCAAGGCGAGGCACAAACUCAUGAGACAUUUGGUUUCGUCUUCAUCCCUUAAGAGAAAAAGGAAGAUUCUCCUUGCCUAUUUCUUUGAAAGCAUGAAGUCCCACUUGAAGGGCCUCUACCGGGCGAGGCUUAAGGAGUACAGGCAGAUUCAAGUUAUGCCCAAUUUUGUUUGGAUGCUGAGGUGCAUCUACGAAACUCAGAGUGAAAAAGUCGGGAAAGGAGUUGCCAAGUGCAUGCACGCCAACUACAUCAAACUGACCUACUGCAACGCUUAUUCUGCCGACUGCAGUGCCAUCUCCUUUGUCAUGCAUCAUUUCCGGAAGCGCCUGGCUCUUGACCUGGACAACAACAACAUCAAUGAUUACGGAAUAAAGCAAUUGAUGCCUUGUUUUAGCAGGCUGGCAGUACUUCGGGUAAGCGUUAACCAGAUCACAGAUCAAGGAAUCAGAGUGCUUUACGAAGAACUGUCCAAAUACAAAAUUGUGUCUUAUUUGGGCUUGUAUAACAACCAGAUAACUGAUGUUGGAGCUAAAUACGUUGCAAGACUCAUUGAGGAAUGUCCAAGCCUCAUAUAUGUCAAAAUAGGAGCAAACAAAAUAACAACUGAGGGAGGGAAAUGCCUUGCUUAUGCCAUCCAGAAGAGUAAAACCAUGUAUGAAAUUGGAAUGUGGGGGAAUCAGGUUGGGGAUGAAGGCGCUAAGGCUUUUGCAGAAGCACUGAGGAAUCACCCCUCUAUCACCAACGUCAGUCUCGCAUUUAACGGCAUUACGACAGAAGGAGGCAAAAGCAUUGCAGAAGCUAUGAAGUACAACAACACUGUGAAUAUAUUUUGGCUAACAAAGAACGAGUUGGAUGACGAAGCGGCCGAGUGCUUUGCCGAAAUGAUAAAGGUCAACAAGAGACUGGGCCAUCUGUGGCUUAUCCAGAAUCAGAUUACCGCCAGAGGAGCCAAAUGCCUGGCUGAUGCACUCCAGGACAAUACAGCUCUUAAAGAAAUCUGCUUAAACGGAAACCCAAUAAGCCAAGAGGAGGCGAAAGCCUUUGAGAACGAAAAGAGGCUCAUUUGCUUUUGAGAGACGUCUUUCCGGGUUGGGCAGUUGUCAGUGUGCCAAGGCUGCUACGGCAGUGGCUGAAGCCAGAGCGACUCUUGAAACCCAAAUGUGAUGAGUGAUUGACUACAGGGUGGAAGAAGCGUGCCUUUAUUGGGCUGGAACAACGGCCUUUCCCCUUGCUGCUGUUUUUACAUCCUGGGACAGAAGCUUGAAAGGGGAUGCUGCCUUGGUCAUUAACCGUUCAUGUUGUAUUUUAAAGAGGAGGAAACUCACAUUGGGCUUGUCAGAUCUACUUUUGCUGGUGCAAACAGCAUACUCUUAGAAUUAAAGACUUCUUAGUCCAGGCCUA